CGAGGAGUGCAGCCAUGAAUGGCACAGAGGGGCCCAACUUUUACGUCCCCAUGUCUAACAAGACGGGGUUGGUGCGCAGCCCCUUCGAGCACCCUCAGUACUACCUGGCCGAGCCCUGGAAGUACUCUCUCCUGGCGGCGUACAUGCUGUUCCUCAUCGUCACCGCCUUCCCCAUUAACUCCCUCACCCUCUAUGUCACCGUCAAGCACAAGAGGCUGAGGACCCCUCUGAACUACGUCCUGCUCAACCUGGCCGUGGCCGACCUCUUCAUGGUGGUGGGGGGCUUCACGGUCACACUCUACACCGCCCUGCACGGAUAUUUCAUCUUAGGGGUCACCGGCUGCAACAUCGAAGGAUUCUUUGCCACUUUGGGAGGAGAGAUUGCUCUCUGGUCUCUGGUGGUUUUGGCGAUUGAGCGCUACAUCGUGGUCUGUAAGCCGAUGACCAACUUCCGCUUUGGGGAGAAGCACGCCAUGGCUGGCCUGGCGUUCACGUGGGUCAUGGCCCUGACCUGCGCUGCCCCGCCUCUGCUGGGAUGGUCCCGGUACAUUCCCGAGGGAAUGCAGUGUUCCUGUGGGAUUGACUACUACACUCCCAAGCCUGAGAUCAACAACACCUCAUUCGUCAUAUAUAUGUUUGUCCUCCAUUUCUGCAUCCCCCUCUUCAUCAUCUUCUUCUGCUACAGUCGUCUGCUCUGCACCGUGCGAGCGGCUGCAGCUCAGCAGCAGGAGUCUGAAACCACCCAGAGAGCAGAGAGGGAGGUGACGCGCAUGGUGAUUGUCAUGGUGAUCUCCUUCCUGGUGUGCUGGGUGCCCUACGCCAGCGUGGCCUGGUACAUCUUCGCCAAUCAGGGAACCGAGUUUGGACCGGUGUUCAUGACGGCGCCGGCCUUCUUCGCCAAGACCUCCGCUCUGUACAACCCAGUCAUCUACAUCCUGCUAAACAGACAGUUCAGGAACUGCAUGAUCACCACAGUGUGCUGCGGGAAGAACCCCUUCGGUGACGAUGAGACCACGACUACGGUCUCCAAAACCCAGACUUCAUCUGUCUCCUCCAGCCAGGUGGCCCCCGCUUGACCUGCGCCCCCGCUGCCCCCUCCCCCCUCCGCGUCCCAUCUGUCCCCGCUCACCUAGGGACGCGCCACCGCCAAGCAGCCCUCUCUCGGCCAAUCCUUUUGACUUACCUCCCCGAUUGUCUCCAGCUCAGUGGCACUGCCGUUGGAGGGA